UCGGAAGCGGAAACACUGCGGGUUUCGUUUUAGUGCUUUCCAAUAAGUGUCACUGGCUCCCGACAGGGCUCAGGCGUUUUCGGUAGAGAAUGUUUGCUAUCUCUUCUACGAAGAGGGUAGCACUGGUUUUGUGCCGUAGUUUGUGCUUCUUUUGUUUUCAUCUCUUGAAUGUUGCUUUUUAACUAGUAAAGCAACGUUUUAACGACCUUUUUAAGUGCCCGAUAUACACUCACACACACCAGCGUAUAGUGGAAUGUGCUUGUAUGCUGUGUUUUAACCAAAAGCCAACAGAACAAGUGGAAAGGGGAAAAGAUCGCGAUCGUUCCUGCCUGUUGACCAUGUACAUUAAAUCUGGCCACCGUUUUCUCAGCGAUAAAGGUCAAAUCAUUUUCCCCGGACCACCGACCCGUUCGCCUGCGCUGUACUAUCAGACGAGCACCGUGCCCGCGACCACAACCACCACGACGACCACGAUGGCUACCCCACCCGGCGGUGUUAGUGAUGAGAAUGGGAACUACAUAGGUAGCUUUCGCACGGGCAUGGAGCAUUUUCGAGGGAGAUUAAGUGUUUUCCUUUGUUUUGCUUCGCUUGCAGUGCCCGACAUGUGGCAGAGCAAAUCGACUACCGGAUCGGACAUGCUGUCGGAUAAGAUACAGAUGUUCUACAUCUACAUCACCGUCACGAUUACGUCCGUCUUCAUUAUAGUUGUGCUCGGGAUUUUCGGCUACAUGUGCUACAAAAGGAAAGGAUUCCAAAACAUCGAUGGCCCACAGUCGCCCAUCGAAACUACGCGGCGAAGAAGCAGCACCCACCGAUCCACUCGAAGGUACUCGCGUAACAUGUCCAAGGAGAGGGAAGCCGCCGCUUCCGCUACUACCACCGAGGACAACCCGGGACAAACGUUGCUGCGGUAAACCAGGCGAUACUCACAGGAAGCGAUUUUUCUAUUUGAUCAUAUUUUUACAAACAACGGUCGCCUUUUUCGCACAGCAGUUUCGUGCGAUGUAAAUUAUCUAGUUGAGGGACAAAUUAUACUACUCUAGACGAUGCAAUAAAUUAGUGAUAUUUUACGCCAA